GAUCUUAAACUUCAACACGAACAACUUGCAGUGUACUUCUUUAUUUCUAAGAAUUCUCACUUGAUUACUAGCUUUUGAUUGAAGAUGGUUGGAAUAGGGGUUCCAAUUUGCGUGGAAUGUGGCACAAGAAGUAACCCUUGCCGGUGUAAGGUGGUGGGGCCUACACUCGGGUUCGUGGCGUUUGUGGCUGCGGCGGUGGUGGAGUGGCCGGUGGGGGCUCUGGUGUAUUGCUUUAAGCAUAUGAAGGGUCGCAAAAUCAUGGGUCAUCCUGCUACUGUUGUGUAUCCUAAAGUCACCAAUGCCAUCCCGAUCUAACUUACUUUGCAUCUUGUUUAUCCGAUUUCUCAUUUCGUGUUAUAGUUUUUAUUCUGAUGUACUAGCAUCAUAUGUGUAGGAAUAUUAUUGUUCACUUUGUAUUGUAACUUAUGAAUGGAUUUUGUUCUUCAGCUA